UGGAGUAACCCACAUACACAAAGAAGGGUAGCUAGUGUGAAAAAUAAAGCUUAAUUAAAUAAUGGAAACAACUAUGCUGUUGACGAGAGAGACCAUAACAAACACUGUUUUCUCCUCAGACUGAUUUUCUGCAUUAAGUGUUUGGUGGAUCGUAGCCUUGAAUUAGCAGUAAAGAUUAUAGCCUGGCACAAAGAUAUAUCAGCAGUGCAUAUACUGUUAGUGCUGUUAUAUUUUAAUUAUAUCUGCACCUCCAUUGCCUAGAAGAGCACUGAAGCUGAAAAACCCAUAGUGCAAGUGCUUAUCCUUAAGUUACUUGAGGAAGAAUACUGAUUCUUUCAUUCUAUCUACUGAAAAUCUGUCUACUUGAAAAUAAACUCAUGAAAUUGCCUGUCCCAGGGGCUGGCUUAUGCUGAGAAACACACCUAAAAAUGCCUUUUCCAACAUGUUACACAAAUUAUUUUUCUAGUAUACGGGAUGUUCUGUUGGCAUUAUUUUUGUUUUCUGGUUGACUUCCUUGGAUUGGGUGCUUCCACCUACUUAGUGGAAGAAGUUCUGUCUAUUGAAUGCAUGCUACAGUUGGGUAGUAAUGUAGCUUGUUGCUAUCCUUUCCCUGGUUGUCAACACCACCAAUGGAGGUUGACUUGAGACCUGCUCCCACAUAGAUGACCUCUAGAGUGACUUUGGAAGAGGAGAUCUUUAUAAGAAUAAGCUCUCUGGGUUUUUGUGUAGAAACAAGUUGCUAUGCAGUUUUGCUGCUUUUCUGUCUGAUAAGCACAGGAAAAGAGAAUGCAAAUAGCAGAGGGCCUGAGAAGGGGUCAGCUCCCAAAUCCUCCAAAUUCCAGGCACUUGGAAAUAGGACACUGGGAUCCCUUCCUCUUGCUACUUGAGCAUGGUGAACGAGGGCUUGGUUUCUGACCAAGCUGGUGCUUGGGUUAUUAGGAGCUGCCCUGGGGUUGGAUGGAGAAAGAGAGGGUGGGGUUGCCAGGCAGAGCACAGGGAGGAGGGGAGCCAGGCAAGAGGAGGAAAUGAAAGGGAGAGGCUGAGCAAACGGAGGAUCCAGCCAGUGCCACACUACAGAGCCAUGGCCCAGCCCAGAGCCUUUUUGCCAAGCUCAAGGUCUCAAGGGACUGGAUGACCUGCAGCCAUAGGAGUGAAAGUCUCUCUUCCAACCAGUCCUUACCUACCCUUCCUGUCCCACAUGCCAGGUCAGGAGCAGGACUGUUUGCGGGAGGUGACGCUCUCCACCCAAAGGCUGCGGGUGCUGCCUCCAGCAGUCCUCAGUAACCCUGCUCUGGAAAGCCUUGACCUCGACAGGAACAAACUCAGGAGCAUAACCGGCAUUUCUAAACUUGGCAAUCUGAAGAAGCUCAUUGUAUCCAAGAACGAGAUUGUGGACUUUCCCAAUGAAAUCCAGAGCCUGAUCUAUUUAGAGAAGCUUGAACUGAAUCAGAACCAAAUCCGGGUCAUCCCAGAGGGCAUCUUCUGCCAUCUCCCCAGGCUUAAACACUUGCGGCUGAACAACAACCGUCUUGGUGCUCUUCCCAGAGACCUGGCAGCUUGUCGAGGCAGCCUCCAGUACCUCAACAUCUCCAACAACCUGUUCCGAACCUUCCCCCAUGCUGUCCUGCAGCUGGCAAACCUACAGGAGCUCCAUGUGCAGAACAAUGCCCUUCGCCAGCUCCCCAGGGAGCUCUUCCAGGGACAAUCCCUGAAAAUGUUCAAGGCCAACGGGAACCCGCUCAGGGAGCCACCCAGUGAGGUCUGCGCUGGUGGCAUCCAGCAGAUCCUGAAUUAUUUCAACCAGCUUCAAGACGGUUCAGGGCAGGAGGACAAGAGGAUCAAGACCAUGUUCCUGGGCGCCUCGCUGGCUGGGAAAUCUACCAUCUGCAGAAGCCUGAAGCAGAGGCAAGCCAAACUGGUACCCAAGGAAGAACGAACAGUUGGGAUAGAAAUCAGUGAGUUCCGGAUUGAAGACUUCACCUUUCUCUUCUGGGACUUCGCUGGCCAGCUGGAGUAUUACAUGACGCACCACGUGUUCAUCACGCCACAGGCACUCGUCAUCCUUGUCAUCAACCUCCACAUGUACCAAACUAAUGAUGAUGCUUUCAAGGACCUUGUUGGCUUCUGGAUCAACAACCUUUUCAUGCGAGUCCCAAACUCUGUGGUGCUUCCUGUGGGAACCCAUGUGGACUGCUGUCAGAAGCAAGAGGUGGAGGAGAAGAGGUCCAACAUCAUGGCCAAGAUCGCAGCUAUGCUGGCAGAGAGGAAGAGCAACCUCACUCACUUCAUCAACAAUCUGGAGGACAGUGAGGAGCCUGAGGUUUAUGUGGACCAGUGGGAGAGGCUGAAGGAGAUGGAGAGUUGCACGUUAACUAUCUUAGACCUGGUUGCUGUCAACUGCACAGAUCACCGUGAUAUCAAAAAGCUUGAAGCCACAAUUCUGGAACAUGUGAAGAAUGAGGAGCUAUUCCCUGAGGUUGUCCGUGUGCUGCCACCCGUCUACCGGGAGGUAGAAGCUGCCAUUGUGGACAUCACCCAGAGUGAGGAGAUGGCAGACCAUGGCAUGAUGGACCUCCAGUACCUGCUCAGCGAACUCUCCCAGCGAGAUCACCUGGCCAACUUGGACAGAGAGCUUCUCCAGGAUAUCCUGCGCUACCUCCACCGCAUUGGCCUUCUUGUGUGGUACGAAGAAAUCAAGCACCUGGAAAGCACUGUCUUUCUGCAGCCCACCUUCCUAAUAACUACGUUCAAGCUCCUUGUGAGGGACCGCCUGGUCCAGCAGCUGGAGAGCAUCUCUGUGGACACGCUGAUUGCGGAACAUGCCACCAUCAGGGACAGGUCCAACUGGGUGUGGGCCUUCAAGUCAAAGGCAAUGCUGUGCCACCAGGCAGUGCGUGCUUUGGUGAAGUACCAGCUCUUUUCGGAAGGGAUGCAGGACAUCUUUGAGGAGAUCAUGGGGGACAAGACCCACAGGGGGAAAGGGAAGCUCUUCAGCCUCCUGGAGCACUUUGAGCUCUGCCUGGAGGUGAGGCAAGCCAAAGCACUCAAUCCUCAGGCCAGUGAGUUUGUGCCCGGGAGGACAUGGGAGACAACACAGGACCAAAGUGAGUCCUGGUACUUGUUCCCAACCUACCUAAACCAGACUGAAGAGGUUGCUGAGGUGUGGGGAGGAGAUCACCAUGAGGACCUCCACAUCCGUACCUAUUUCUCACCUGAGAUACCUGAGGGAUUCUUCCACAGGUUCCUUGUGAAAUCUUGCUCCUUCUACUCCACACAUUGGGUGGCCAAGGCAACCUGCCUGCUCGUAUGCAACGGCAAACCUCUGCUGAUUAAAGAGAACAACCAGCGGGCAUACAGCUACCUGGAGCUGAGGUGCAGGAAGCCAGCAGGAGCAACAGCAUUCCAGCUUGCUUGGGACUUCCUCAUGGCGGGUGUGUUUAUCAUCCAGAAGCUCUCUGAAGAGUGGCCAGGGCUGCAUGUGUGUGUGAAGACCCCUUGUCGCACGGCUGGCUGUCCCGCAGAGCUCAUCUGGCCAGACAUGGAUGGCAAAACCCCCAUGACAAAGGAAGAUGUUAAAACCUGUGGAACAUGUGGGCAUCGGUUUGGUGCAGAGCUGCUCUUACCCAAAGUGCCCAGGCAGCCAGAAACAGCCCCAGCACAGCCCCCUGUCCACUACUACGUGACCAGCUAUGGCACCACCACCUUUGGGCCCAGCAGCAUCCAUGUCACCCGGCAGAACAUCACCAGUGAGUGACUGCAGGCCAGGGGGAAGGGAAGCUUGAAUGGAAGACAAAAGAAUUGUUUUUAAGCUGAAGUCAAACUCUCCUCAGCAUGCUGAGCUUACAAGUACUACUUACAUCCUUACUGCAGGGCAAUAAAUGCAUAAAUAAAUGUGCUGACUUG